UCCAUUCAGUGCGGAGUUACAAUAUGGCGGCGCUCGCGGAUGGGUUUUCUCUUGCCAAGUUAUCAGAAGAAUCCGCACUAAUUGGGAUAGAAAAGGGAGAAAAACCAAAUGCAGUGAUCAUAACAUCGAAGACCGGUUUCAUAAAUGAAUAUAAGUUGUCUGACCAGAAACUGACCAGGAGUUGGUCACUGCGUCAUGGCAUCCAGAUUACCUGCCCCACUGUUUGGAGCCCCACAAAGGAGGAGUAUCUCACAGUACAGAACAAACAGCAAUUAAAGUCAUGGACCUCAGACACAACCAAUUUUGAUAAAGCUAAGAAAAAACAUAUCGGUGCAGACAUCGUUCGGAUCCUGGUGGAGACAGACUUCCUCCCCAUCGUGGUGUGUGAGAAUGGCCGAGUUGACUUCCAGGCUAACAUCAAGGACAGCUGCAGCACGGGGACGCUGGCCCAGGAGGAAGCCAUCUUGUGGUGUCAGUCCUAUAUCUGUGCUGGCAGUGUGUGUGUCGUCCUGGUCACUCGGACACAGGACCAGCUAGUGAGGGUCCACCGCCACACUUAUCUGUCUGAUGCAGAGUGCUGGAGCCUUAAGACCACGCCCCUGUCCCUGUCUGCCGACGCCCUACUCAGCUGCUGCCUCUCCCUGAAGGCGGAGCCCAGUCUCCUGUCACUGUGGCAAGAUGGCCGGCUGCUUGACCUGCCGCUGACCGGGUCGUCCAAUAUGGAUGACAGCCAGGAGGUGGCCACCAUCUCGGGUGUACAGACAGACUCCUGCAUGAUCUACCUCGACCACACCCACAUCGCUGUGGCAGGCAUCAGGCAGAACACCACAGUCGGACUUGGUAUCUACAAUGUGAAAUUCCAGGCUCUGCAGUCAUGGCAACCAUUCCCAGAACCAUUGCUGACAAGACCUAAGCUCUUCUGUCAUUACGGCCACUUAUUCCUUGCCUGCAACAAAACGCUGUAUGCCUUCCCUUAUAAGUGUGAGCCAUCAACGGUUGCUAGGUUACUGGGUCAGAGAGACAAGGUCAAGGACACUGGAAAGGUCACCGAUUUGGCUCAUGGAGUUGUCAGUUGGUCCACCAAACAGAAGCCAGCACAGAAGGCUGCAGGUGAUCUGGAGAUUGAGAAUCUGUUCACAAGUCUCAUUGACAAGACAAAGACAAAGGCUAAGGAGAAGUUUGAGAGUGAGUUAAGAAAGCUGGUGAACUUGUUGUCGAAGUCAGUCAACCGGCAGUGGAUCGUCAGCUCCCACAUGUCCCAGCUUUGUCAGACAUGCUUCUCCCUCACAGCCUUCUGGCCCCGAGCUGAGGUACAGCAGCUCAUACAGCACAGGCUCAUCUCAAACAGUGACCAGUCCUCCCUGUACCAAGCCCUCGCUGACCACAAGGAGAUCCUGCUGAUGCAUCAGUCCUUCAGCGUCAUGCCCGAUGUGGCAGAAGACUCGCUGGUCAAGAGCCUAUGUUGCUACCUCGAUAUAUCAGAUGAAGAAUGUACUGAAGAGUGUGAAAGCCUCGCCAUAGCAGACGAGAUGUUGGAUACGUCUGAGGAUGUGACGUGCCCCAUUUGCAGCUCCAAGGCUGUGCUACUUAACCGUCUCCUCUGUUUGCCGUUCAAUGAUGUGUUUCUGGUGGACUCUCUCAGGAAGCUGCCUUUUAAGAAUGUCUUGACAGUGCUGGAGUACCUGUACUACCUCCUGAAGGUGCUCCCCUUGGCAGGACAGCCCCGGACAGGCGUCCCAGCUCUCAGCAAGGUGAUCGAUUGGAUAUCAUUGUUGAUCGAUGCUCACGUCACACAACUGAUUGUCUCCCCUGAUGCCAGAAUGUUGCUAGGCAACCUACAUGAAGUUGUUGGCGAUCAGGUGGAGUUCUGCAACCAGCUGGCAACCCUGGAGGCAGUCCUGUCCCAGUUCAAGAAGAAAUGUACACCUGUCUCUCAGCAGAAAGUUGGAUCCUAUUGCAUUGAGGUCCUCCAUGUCAGAUAGCACAAAUAAACAAUGAUGUAUUUUUA